AUCGUUCGACGACCGGCUUUUACUUCAAAAUUUUGCAUUUCCCGGUUAGUCUUCGGGUAGCGUUUGUCUUGUGAAGAUUAGCUUGGGAAAGUCGGUCGGUAGUGAACGUUUAGAUAUCUUAGACUUUCAUUCUUAGUUGAGGCUCAGUUCUCUUCGACUAUCUGCCAGAUAAAUUACAUUUUACUAUCCCUCGUUGUCCCAAUAUCGCUACCCUGACCUUAGUGAAAGUGAAAACAUAUAAAGUGCUACCAUCUAAAAUUUUAAUUAUUUACUAUUUUCAUUUCAAAAUGAAUCGUGGGUGAAUGAAUGACUGAUACUUUGUGUGGUGUUUCGAAAUUAAAUUGUAUAACGGAUUGGCAGGUGGAUAAGAAUAGAUUGUAUGACGUCUCGUUGCCUCUGAAUAAGGAAACGAAAUAUGUAAAUUCAUAUGCGUGCUCUUGACUAAAAACUAUAUAGUGUACUUUUGAACAUAAUAUUGCCUACAUCCUACAUUUUAUUCAAGUAUCCAGCUUGAAAACGCCUUGUUGUCAGCAUUAGCCAAUCUUAUUCAGCAGGACUUUUACACAUAUGAUGCGAUGACGACAUUGUGGAAAAUAUGAUGUUACCAACGAUGGCGAUGAUGAUUUUGCGAGAUGCGAAUGUGAAUAUCACACAAGUGAGAAAAUAGAGUCGGAAAAACUCGAAAUUUAUGACACGAUAGCGACAUCAGUGUCAUCAUAAAUCUUUCCAAUGAGGCGGAAAAAGUGAAAACAAGUGCCGCCGGAAUGGACAAUAUUCAGAGAGCUUUUUUAUAGUCACAUCUAACAAGAAAACGUGGAAAGCCGACAUUUCCUACGAGAUUAUCUUGCGAAAUCAUCGGCAAACGGAAAAUCUUUAGGUGUUUAGAAAUGAUUCGGUUAUUUGAAUAUCAGUGAAAAUGUUUUUUGGCGUACUUAAUCAGUUCUUUAGGGCAUUGAAAAAGGAUUAUCAGCAAAAUGUGAAUAGUGCCGAAAAUGUGAAUCGUGAAAGAAAUCAAAAUGUAGGCGUCAUUGCCGGUGCGCGAGAGUGUGAACAGGGGCUUAGAUUACGCCCUCAUAUGUUCGAUGGAUCGUCUCUCUUCGUGGUCUAUUUACUAAUUGGUGCUGCAUUCUUGUAUAUGGGCAUCCUUACUAUAUUAUUCUACAACCAUUGCAAUGAUAACAUACGAAACGAUCUUUUCGAAAAAUCACUAUAUAAUAGUAACCUGAAAAGUGUUGAGUUCCAAAGCGAGGUGGAAGCGAUUGUUAAUGCUCUACUAAAGAAUAAGCAAAUACAGACUGAUAAUUACGUUAGGUAUCAAAGCACAACGCUGCCUUAUGAAUUUGUUGAGACAGUUCGAAACGAAAGAAAGUACGUUGGAAGUUUUGCAGAAAAAGGAAGACGAUUACGACGUGAUGUAUCUUUGUCGGCUGCAUUACGUGAGCCUGAAGUUGAGUUUUUCAACCCAAAAUAUAGAGCCGAAUUAGAAAAACAGGACGCAGAUAUACUUCAUAGGACAGGAUUGAAGGGCGCAGCGCCUGGUGGUGAUGAAUGGGUUUACUUGACAUCGUACUGCCGAGUUCCGGGCAAAGCAAUUUUCGGAUUUUGUAAUUCCACAAGAGACUACUGUCCGCCGAGUCCACCAGGACCUCCUGGCCCUGUUGGUCCCAAAGGGCCAAUAGGUCCCACUGGCUUACCUGGUGUACCUGGUCAUAAGGGCAAUCGCGGUGACGUUGGUCUACCAGGACCACCUGGUUUAGAUGGACGCGAGGGUAAGCCUGGCCCGCGCGGUCCAAAAGGCGAACCCGGUUUCCCUGGAAAUCCAGGCCUAGAUGGCAGAGAUGGUGUCCCUGGGGAACCCGGAUUAGAUGGAGUACCUGGACGUGCCGGUGCAGAUGGUAUUCCUGGCAAAGACGGAAAGGACGGAUUGCCGGGAAGAGAUGGACGCAACGGAGAAAAUGGACGCGAUGGUUUGUCUGGUCCUAAGGGAGCUCAAGGACCACCGGGAGAUCCAGGACCAAGAGGUCUCACCGGACCAAAAGGACGUGCCGGAAAGCCAGGCACAAAUGGUACUCCUGGAAUACCCGGCAUAAAUGCUUGGAAAGUAAAAGUCAAUGGAACAUUCUCCCAGGAAAUGCUAAUUCCACCAUCGAUAGCGGACGUCAAUUUACCGAAUUUCACACGUAACGUAAUAAUUGCUGAGGGGAAGCAUCUAAGAUUGGUAUGCGCUGCAAAUGGGACACCUAAGCCGAAAGUGGAGUGGCGACGAACAGACGGACGAACGAUAGCGAUGGGGGCAUGGGAAGCCUCAUCCGUGUCUGGAUAUUUUCUAAAUUUAACAAACAUUACACGAGACCAAAUGGGCGAAUACAGCUGUUUCGCAGAUAAUGGAGUCCCUCCGGUUGCCAAUGCUUCGUUCUCUGUCGAGGUUCAUUUUGCACCAUUGAUUCUGGUUCGCGUACAAAAUGUCUAUGCCGCAUUAGGGGGUUCAGCUACAUUGGAGUGUGAGAUUGAGGCAUACCCAGAAGCUGUUCGUUAUUGGGAGCGAAUUUCUGAUGGAAAACUCUUAGAUCCAGGUGAAAAGUACCGAAUGGAGACCCACACAGACAGGUAUAAAACCUUAAUGCGCCUCACUAUAGACAGGAUGAGUUCCCAAGACUACGGCGAGUAUUUCUGCAUUGCAAAGAAUGAAAUUGGAACGAUGACUGCAAUUUUCUAUGUGAAACAAAAGAGUCCUUCAGCUUACAUCCCACCACCCGAUGCCAACAACGUAAUAGUUUUCGGAUCUCGACCAUCAGUGAAAACAAACUAUGAGGAACUAUGUCCGCCUCCGCCGCAGUGUCCUGAAUGUUUGGAUCCAAGAGAAUUUAAGUGUAAGGAUAACAUCAUCUCGUUGUAUGAUUUGGUAGGCUCUUUCGAUAUUAGACCCACAGGAAACUUCAGCUAUCCAGGACUGCCUAACAAAACGCUAGACUGUCUUCUCUAUGCUGUCGGAAAGCCAGUCUAUCACAAAUAUGUGGACCAAACAUAUGGAGCAUGGCUUAAAGAUCCGGCAUCGGGUUCAGGUCAUGAUAGCGACGACAAAUUUUGGAGUACAAAAGAGAACGACCACCAACGAUUGUAUGAGUACGCUUCGAAAACAGGAUAUAGAGGCAACUCACCAUCCAAAAUAUAUGACAUUCCUGGAGGAUUUAUGGGUAAUGCACAUGUCGUUUAUAAUGGAUCUUUCUAUUACAAUCAACGGGGAAAACCAUUUGCAGUACGUUACGACCUCAAAUCCGGAGAGAAAUAUGUUCGGGAAAUGCCUUACGCAGCAGCCAACGGCACCAACUAUUUGUACACGACAGAAUACAAUUACAUGGAUUUCAAUGUGGAUGACAACGGAUUGUGGGUCAUAUACAGCAUGCCCGAUUCAAAUAAUACGAUAGUAGCCAAGUUGGAUUCGAGUAGCCUGGAGAUACAAUACAGUUGGAACAUUAGUAUAAAUCAUCACAAAGUUGGCGAAAUGUUUAUAGUUUGUGGUGUUUUGUAUGCAAUAGAUUCCGUUACGGAAAGGACAACAAAUAUCCGUUUGGCUUUAGAUUUAUAUCGGCAAAAAAUCAUUAAAGUGUCGCUAUCUUUUGCAAAUCCCUUCCGCCGGACAACAACGGUGGGAUAUAACGCUCGCAAUAAGGAACUUUAUACAUGGGACAAGGGUAAUCAGCUCACAUACCCGAUCAGAUACCAUGCUCUUCAAGGGGAACCAACGUCUAGUGAGAAAAAUGAUGAACCAUUCGUACAACCAACGCAUACAGGAUAUUAUUUCCCUGGGGAUGACUAGCUUUAAGCCUGUAAUAGAGCCAUGAGUGGAUUUGUUCCUUUUUUGUUUUCCAUUUGAUUUUGUAUUUACAUCAAAUAGAGGAUACACAAAUCGUUCGUUGUUUUGUUGGACAUCGAGAGAAAUAAAGGAAAAUGUUAGUUAGAUGAUGUGA